GCAACCACAGUCGGCUCUGACGUCCCCGAGCUCGUAGCGUACUGUGCAUCUGGAAGUUGUCGCCAUCAUAUCUGGCUAAAUGUUAACCUAGCUCUCAAGUCAGUCAGCCGUUGUGUUCGAGGAUAUAAAGUUAAUGAUAUCAUUAACCUCUCUUUGUUUCUUCUGUCGAGUUUCUAUGAACUGCUGUGAUGUUAUGUAUCAGUAAACGCGUCUAGGACUGUUGCAAUAUUGUCUAGUCUACUCACAGUAGCAGUGGCUAAUUUUCAGAGCACACAUUAGCAGAGCUGGAGUCUUGAGAAGCAGCAAGGGGCGGUGGGCUGCUAAAACUGUCGCUAGCUAGCAGCGAACCGGCUAGUUAGUUGGCUAGCAAGUAAAAACAUCGAGAGACAUUUAACGUUCAAGUGAAUAAAGCCACGACUGUGAACGUUGAUACAUGCUAGCUGCAAUUCUGCUGAGGAACCAAGAAGAUUAAAAGCUAACAAAGCUAACUAAAGAACAAACUGGGAUUGGUCUGCCGCGGUGGGAGUCUGUUAAACUGGAGCUGGCAUCGUCACAUUUGCUUUCUUUAACACCAGGCUGUUGGGCCUGACAACUAACAAGAUGUCUGAGGGAGAGAACAAGCAGGCCCCUGACACUGUCCAGGACGUGAAGCCGGACUCCAUGGCAGCUGCAGCCACAGGUCAAGGAGUGUCAUCUGUGUCUCCCCCUGUGUCCAUGGUGACCCAGCCUCCAGCUACUGCUGCCACAGAGGAUGAGGAAGAGGAGAGCGAGGAUGAGUCAGAGAUUUUGGAAGAAAGCCCGUGUGGACGCUGGCAGAAACGCAGAGAAGAGGUGAAUCAGCGCAACGUCCCUGGGAUCGAUAAUGCUUACUUGGCCAUGGACACUGAAGAAGGAGUUGAGGUGGUGUGGAAUGAGGUCAUGUUCUCAGAAAGGAAGAAUUUCAAACUACAGGAGGAAAAAGUCAAAGCAGUUUUUGACAAUUUGAUCCAGCUGGAGCAUUUGAACAUUGUGAAGUUCCACAAGUACUGGGCGGAUGUCAAAGAGAACAGAGCGAGGGUCAUUUUCAUCACUGAAUACAUGUCCUCAGGAAGUCUCAAACAGUUUUUGAAAAAGACAAAGAAAAACCACAAAACCAUGAAUGAAAAGGCCUGGAAGCGCUGGUGCACACAAAUACUGUCUGCUCUCAGCUACCUGCACUCCUGUGAACCUCCCAUCAUCCAUGGCAACCUGACCUGUGACACCAUCUUCAUCCAGCACAAUGGCCUCAUCAAGAUUGGUUCAGUUGCCCCAGACACCAUCAAUAACCAUGUGAAAACCUGUCGAGAAGAGCAGAAGAGCCUUCACUUCUUUGCUCCAGAAUAUGGAGCUGUUGCCGAUGUUACCACAGCCGUGGAUAUCUAUUCCUUUGGAAUGUGCGCCUUAGAGAUGGCUGUGUUGGAAAUCCAGAGUAAUGGGGAUUCGUCUUAUGUGUCCCAAGAAGCCAUAAACAGUGCCAUUCAGUCCCUAGAGGACCCAUUGCAACGGGAAUUCAUCCAGAAGUGUCUGGAGGUGGACCCCAGUAAGCGACCCACAGCGAAGGAGCUGUUGUUUCACCAGGCCUUGUUUGAGGUGCCCUUACUCAAGCUGCUGGCUGCACACUGCAUCGUCAGCCACCAGCAUAUGAUUCCAGAAAAUGCUUUAGAAGAGAUGACAAAGAACAUGGACCCUAACUUGGUGAUUGUUGAGGCCAAGGAUGGAGUACAGAUGAAGCUCUCUCAGUUUCCUGCCCUUGAGCUGGACAAGUUCCUAGAAGAUGUAAGGAAUGGGAUCUAUCCUCUGACUGCGUUUGGGAUACCAUGUCCACAACAACCUCAGCAGGAGGCAGUGAAGUCGCCCAUAGUGCCCCCCUCAGUGAAAACCCCGACUCCUGAACCUGCAGAGCUUGAGACCAGGAAGGUCCUUCAGAUGCAAUGCAACAUUGAGCCUGUUGAUGAGGGCACCAAGCAUCAUCUGACCCUGCUGUUGAAACUUGAGGAUAAAUUGAACAGGCACUUAAGCUGUGAUUUGUUACCAAAUGAGAACAUGCAGGAGCUGGCUGUGGAGCUUGUUCAGCUAGGAUUCAUCAGUGAGGGCGAUCAGCCACGACUUGCAUCCGUUCUUGAAGAGGCCUUCUCGAAGUUCUACAGCCGGAACGGUUCUCUCAAUCCGGUGACUGUUUCCUCGUAGCGGAGGACUCACUAGGCCUUCUUUCAGCCCUCCUCGUCCUCUACAACAGGACUAGCUUUUUGCUCCACCUCUGAGUUGCAGGAAAGCUUUGCAAGGACAGAGGAGGAAGCCUUGGUCUGGUUGCAGAUCCUGCAGCCUGUCCUUGUAUCUUCUGGUGGGGAAAGCUGCCACUAAGUGGUUGUCACUUUCUUCUUAUUAUUUUUUCCCCUCCCACCCAAUACAGCCAUUUGCUUCUCUUUUUAAAAGAGGAAAUCCUAGUUGCAACUUAUAGGAAAAUACAAAUGUUUUCACUUUUUGGCUUAUUUCUUUCAGUUCUAAAGUAGUGAAACGGUAGAGGUAAGCCAAAUAAAACUGGAUAACAGCUGUAUUUUCCUUAAGUUAGUAUUAAAACUGUAUUUUAAACAUUUUUACUUAAAACUGUUAAAUAGUUGUCUGUAUGAAAAAAUCUUGGUCCCGGCAUACUGAAGUGUAUGUAUUAUGGUGUUGUGAGGUUAAGUCUGGUUGUCUGGUCCUUUGAACUUUCUCUUGAGCAGCAAGUGAGGCAUCUUCCUACCUUGUAUUGGUUUUUCAAAGACUCUUGAAUGCAUCAAGCUACUAAUGCAACAGAUGCAAUGUCACUUUUACUUCAAAAUUUCUGUAAUUAUACAACGUAGUCAUGAAACAUGCAGCUGCAACACAAUCUGAAGAGCUACAGCUAAAAAUAUGAAAAAUUAAACUAUUUAUUUGUGUAUCUUUUCUUGUGUGUACUGUAAUUCACUUCCAGCACUAAGACCGGUGGUUGUUUGAAUGUAUGCUUUUAGUUGCUGUCUUUCUUUUAAGUCAUGCUGUUAUUUUCUAUGAAAAGGGGGUGUUGUCACUUGACUGUGGUCCAACUACUACUGUAGCUUCAGUUUUACUAGUAGUCCAUUGCAGCACUUACCGAUUAGGGCUAGGUCAUUAAAAAGUUGUCUUUAGGUGGCAUUUUACACAAGAGAGGUUGGUUAGAUCCAUGUGAAGCGCUUGAUCUGAUGGAUGUUUGUCAACAGGUUUGGUGAACGCAUGUAUGCUUUUCUAUGCCUAAAUGGAAACUGAUGCAUGCAGCAAGCUUGCUUCUGGUGUUGGUUCAUUUUAAUGAUGAUGGUGAUAGAUUCAAGUAAUCUUAUCAUGCAGAGGAAGUUUUGUCAGCUUAGUCCUGUCAACAUUUUGAUUUUGUGGCUCUGAAUCAUUAGUUUUCUCCGUGACACCAGAGCUAAAAGUUGCCCUCACCUCGUAGAUAUUCAGUUUUUGGCUCAGACCACCCUUAUAUGUUAACUGUUUAGGGAUCUCUCUGCUAGUUUGCACUGCUGUACACUUUUAUAUCCUGUUUGAAAUGUCCUGUGGCCUCAGGCUCCUUCAGACCAACAGGAGGAACUUAGAUGAAUUGGAAAUAACGUCAAUAAAAAUUUUAGCCCUGUGAUCCAGUCUCGUCUAGUCUAUGCUGUGACUGCCUACUGACAGGGUCUGUAGAGACUGCGAGAUACAAGUGUAGGACUGCCUGGCAUGCUUGUAACCAUCUUUUAGACUGUAUGCUAGACACUGUGCUCUUGUUUCUGCAACGCAUUCCCCCCCCCUUUUUUUUUUCACUUCCUGAAAUUAAAAUUUACACUGUCAGCACUUGA